UUUUAGUGCUGGAACCGGCCGGACAUAUAUUGGCUUUAGUGUAAAAUGGCACUUAAGCGAAUCCAGAAAGAGCUUCAGGAUUUAGGUCGUGAUCCACCGGCACAGUGUAGUGCAGGCCCCGUUGGUGACGACUUGUUUCAUUGGCAGGCGACAAUAAUGGGUCCACCGGAAUCACCCUAUCAAGGUGGCGUCUUCUUCUUAACGAUUCAUUUCCCGACGGAUUAUCCAUUCAAACCGCCGAAGGUAGCAUUCACGACGCGUAUGUAUCAUCCAAAUAUCAACAGCAACGGUAGUAUUUGCCUGGAUAUAUUGCGUUCUCAGUGGUCGCCGGCGCUUACCAUUUCCAAAGUACUUCUGUCUAUUUGUUCGCUUCUUUGCGAUCCAAAUCCAGAUGAUCCAUUGGUACCGGAAAUUGCUCGUGUUUACAAAACAGAUCGUGAUAGGUAUAAUCAAUUAGCUCGUGAAUGGACUCAGAAAUAUGCAAUGUGAAAGCCGAAAAGUAGCGGGUCGCGCGCGUUUAGGUUACACGUGUACACUACCAUUUGAAAAUACCAGACGUGUACAUGUUUAAUUAGUUUUCUUGUUUAAAUCGAAGAAAAAGUUCACGCUGUUUGUUAUUACAACAGAAUAACUCUCUUAUAAGUGGGCAACCUUUUGUCGUCUUCACUCAACUAUAAAGUUUUAUUGCUACAAGUUUCUGAUGUGUUUAGUUGGUUAUUUUUCAUCAUAUUUUGGUGCAUGAAAGGAAACACUUUCAGCAGUCAGUGUUAUUCAGGUUAAUCCUUUCCCCUCAAUCUAUUGCGAUUCAGUUCUGCUUCUACGAUAAAAUCAUUGAGUUUAUUGUUUUAAUACCUCUGAAAAAAGAGAUCCGU